UCCUAGCAAAUGUCUGCCGAUGGCGGGAACCGUUUAGCAAACUGAAAAUAUAGCGAUUUAGUCCGGGGAAAAUUCCCUGGAAUUAUGCAAAAUGUGAUUUCAAAACCAAGGUUGAUGCUUAAGCGAUACACUUGCAAGAUUUGGUAUGCAUUCGACCGCGAAAAAGGACAGAAAGAACGCCGACAUUGUCGAUGACAAUGAAGUGGAUGUUGAGAAGGUCAAAGCAAGUAAGAAAGCCAAGCAAGGAGAAAUAAAAGGUUUGCUGAGUUCAGUGAUUGCUGAUGAGAUUAAAGGGUGUUCUCGUCCUCCUUCUCCUGCCAGCUUUUCACUGGAGGGUCGUAAGCCUGCAGAGAUUUUUCGCACUGAUCUGAUAAGUGCAAUGAAACUGCCAGAUCAUCAGAAUUUAAGUCCAGAGAACUACAUAACCAUAUCAGAUCAAUGGAGACAAGAAUGGGAAAGAGGUGUACAGGUUCCUGUUUAUCCAGAAGGGGUUUUUCAGCCGUCCUUCAGAAUGAUGGAAACUCCACAUAAGAGAGCCGGAAAUUUCAAACUGCCAGGGAAAUUGCUUUCAACUCCAAGCAAAACAAGAGGCAGACCACCAGGGUCAAGGUGUCCUUAUGAUCUGGGAAGAAUGGAUGUAGAAUGGUUAAUAACUUUAAAUAGAUCUCGGCGGAACAAAGGAUUAAUGGAACUAGAGGAGUCAACCAUGGAAAAGGCUUUGGCAUACAUCGAGAACAAGUGUUAUGACAACAUGGGGCAUGCUAUAGCCACUCAAGAAGGACUUAGUAUAGAGUAUGAUGAGGAUGUCUGCUGUGAUAUCUGCCAGUCUCCUGAUAGCGAGGAAUUAAAUGAGAUGGUGUUUUGUGAUUCUUGUGACAUCUGUGUUCAUCAAGCUUGUUAUGGAAUUCACAAGAUACCCGCUGGCAGCUGGCUUUGUCAUCCCUGCCUCAAGGGUUUCAACAACUGCCACUGUAUAUUCUGCUCUCUUUCUGGUGGUGCAAUGAAAAGAACCAAGAAUAACAAAGGCUGGGCACAUGUCAGUUGUGCUUUGUGGAUUCCUGAGGUUGGGUUUGGAAAUGUUUCCAAAAUGGAACCAAUCAACAGAAUAGAAAACAUUCCGGCCAGCAGAUGGAAUCUAGUGUGUUCAUUGUGACGUGAUAAGGUUGGAGCUUGUAUUCAGUGCACAGUUAAAACUUGUGUGACAGCUUUUCAUGUAACAUGUGGGUUUAAGCAUGGUUUAGAAAUGAGGACUGUUUUGGAUGACACUGCCACAGAUGGUGUCAGGCACAUUAGUUACUGUACCAAACAUAGCCACAAAAGCAAGUCACCAAACAAGAAAACUAGGGACGAGGACACGGGAACUUCCUCUUCCUCAGAGGAUGCCGAAAAUUUGAGACAGAAGAGACUAAAGCAGAUGGAGGAGGAGUUUUACAAGUUUGUUACUGCGGCCGAGAUUUCUAAAGACCUCAACCUUCCCAAAGAAUUGGCUACUAAGAUACAUAAGUAUUGGGCACUCAAGAGAAAGGCACAAGAUGAUGUUCCCCUACUGCCACCCACUCUCCAACAGCAGGAAAAACUCUCAGGGAAACAGGGUGCUGUUAAUUCCUCCACCAAUCUCCAGGCACAGUUAGAAAGAAUUCUGAAAUUACGGUGCAACCUCGAGAAGCUGCGCAACUUGUGUUACAUGGUGACCAAGCGGGAGAAGAUGCGGCGCGAGUUGUACCGCGCUCGGGAGGAAGUAUUCUGGCAGGAGCAUGUCGUGCUGACAGACGACUCCUCUGACCUGGAUGACAGUGCUGUACAGUGGGUGUUAACCAUGUGCAAGGAUAACUUGAGUGGUGAUGGUAGCCUCCCCUCUGCAGUAAAAGGUGGCUGCCCGGCGGAGUCUGCUCUAUCGCUCAGGGUUAGCAGUACGGCGGAAUCUUCCAGUACGACCAGCAGUUCGGGAGACUGUUCCAGCACAGAGUACAAGUCCGAGAACGAAGGUGACUCGAGAGGUGAGGCCGCUGGUGAAGGAGAAACCGCGGACAGCAAAGAGGAGGAAGACUUUUUCCCGUCACCAGCGAGGCGGACGAGAAGUAAUAGUUAUCUUGUCACUCCGUCUUGCUUAUCGAUAGAAUCUAUCGCUGGCUCCAGUAAAGAAGCGGAUAACGCACUCAAUGAUGUUACCGAAAUUUCAAGUAGAAAACGAACUAGAGAAAAGACGCAAAGCUCCUUUGAAGCAAGUACAUCCACGCCAAAGCGUCUGCUUAGGAAUACUGUACGAGAAUCGGAAGAACCUGCAGCACAACACAAUGGCGUUGAGUCUGAGACACCGCGAAGACGAAGGAUUCGACAUAUGAGCACUCCAAAUGAUAUGACCGACAAAAUAGAGGCUAGUGAUGAAGAAGUGAUCGAGUCGACCGUGGAACCUGGGGCUUUAUCACGGGACUCGCGCGCUAGAUUUACUCGGACAGGAAAGAUGUCAAAGGAAACGAGCAGGGCUGAGACCGGAAGUGAAGGAGAAAUGUCAGAGAAAUCGGAAGGGGACGAAGAGAGUCGAAAAGAAAACGAUCCGCUUAGACAAGAAAAUAUGGUUGAACUUGAUCAGCCAGGGAGAACAGUAAGGGGGGCGAAACGAAAACGGUCGAAAAGCACAACAGCGAUUGACGAUGACAGAAGAGGUAAGCAAGCUCGAAAAACGGACUUAAUGAGUCGAAAAUCACCCAACAGGAAGGAUUUGAGGGCUCCAAAAUCUACGCGAACACGAGCAAACAGAAAACACAGCGAUUCUGAAGAAAGCGACCGGGGUGCAACAGACUCUGAUGCGGAUAAUUGCAAACGUGUUCCCACAUCAAGGUCGUUUACUAAUGGAAGAGAGACCUCAACUGACAGCAGUUCAUGUCCUCACUGCAAGCUUCAACACGAUAAACUUACCAGGUGUAACUGGCGGUGCAAGGAAGGAAGCUACACGGCCAAAUGCGAGGAUAACUGGAAUAGAAGAGAAUUAAGGCUACGAAGCUUCCAGUCGCCCAAAUCUCGUGCACGAUGUUCGAGCGCUGUAUCGCCAAAGCCACAUUGUUGCGGAAGUCUUAUGUCAAAGUUUUGUCGCGCAACAGUUACAUAAGUCAUGCAAAAGUUACAUAAAAUUCUUAUUUCAACUAAGGUCAAUAUUUGGUUGUGGAUCGUUGAGGAACCUGAGCUUUACCAAUGAGACGUUUAAGUCCGUUAACGGAUAAUUUAUAAACAGGAAGGCCUGAUUCAAAUGAGCGGUCUUCGAAAACGUCAUAGAGUAGAUGAUUAGGAAACUGUCGCCCACGCUCUCUGCGUAUAUGGUGUUAGCGGUUAUUCUGGUGAAUAUACUGAAUACCCUCGAACUAAUAUUGCAAGUCAAUUUAGAAGAAGUUAAUUGUCAAUUUCCUGAAAACAGUUCCAAGAGGAAGGUGACGUUUUCGGUUAGUAGUUGUGUUGCGUUCCAAGUUUUAAGUUUACAGUGUUUCCUUGAUCCACAACCAAAUAGAUAGUUUUUUCCUUUUUCGCGUUUAGAUCGAGACAGCAAUUAAAAAGAUACCGUACGUAAUACAUAGUUGUUGUCAGAAUUGACCCAGAAGUGUUGUAACUUCUUUUUAACUAAAGCUAACAAAAUUGCCAAUAUUUUUUGAAAUUUUCUUGUCAAAUAUUGUCUGAUUGGUAUUGUAGUUUAGAGCUUUUGAUGAACUUAUGUAAUCGUAAUUAGUCAGCAUUUGAAUUUUCGUCUUUUAGUGGCGAAUUGCCACUAAAUAAUGAGAUUUUGGUUCCUAUCAAGAUAUCGUCCUUUCUAAAAUUGUCCUUUUGAGAGAAUGUGAGAAACCCAGCUUUUAAUUCAGCUCCAGAGUUUGUCGAAAGUCUUAUUCUAUUAAAUUAGGUUUUUUUUUUUUACUCUGUGCUCAAUUAGCAUCGACCUUUUUCCCAAGAAAUAAUUUGGAUAUAUCAACAGAGUUGAAGUGGUAAAUUGGCCACCGUAACGAUUCCAAAAACUGACGUUUCGAGCGUUAGCCCUUCGUCGGAGGGUUAGCCCUUCUUUUUCCUAAGAAGUCAGUUGUACUCUGUCUUUGCUCAAGCUUUAUGUUUAACCUGCUCAAACGGCCUGUUUUACAUUCUGCAAGGCUAGCUAGAUAGGUGGAUCAUGAAACUUUCGUUGCGUAGGAAUGUUUAAACUUUCGCAACUGAGGUUCGUAACUGCGAGUCAAAUAAAAUUUUUCCUUUAUAUUG